AUGACGGCCACGGGCUCUGUUCCAUCGAUUGCCGUCCCAGGCCAGCGGCUUGGUCCCACAUCAUCGUUCAUUCCGGGCCCUGGAACCCACAUCCAACAUUCUUUUGUCUGCGCCUCGAUAGCCGGCCCGGUCGUUAUACAAAAGGGGGAGGAGGAGUUGUCGAGACAAUACCAGCAACAACCAAUUAGUAAACAGCAAAGAACACUUGUAUCGGUCGCACGAUCCUUUGCGCAGACGCAAACGGUUGCGGGGAAUUACACAGCUGUGACUGGGAAUAAUCCUACGAGCAGCGGCAGCACGAACUAUGUACAACAACAACAGCCGCAAAGGCCUCCAAACACAACAUCUUCCGCAACCACACCCUCAACGACGAAAAGACACAAAAAAUACAAAUAUAACACACUCCCCACCGUAGACUCCGUCGUCCUUGCUCGCGUCACCCGCGUCCAGAAGCGCCAAGCAACCCUCUCCAUCCUCGUCGUCCUGGACGACAACCCUUCCUCCCCCUACCCCGCCACCACCGCCGCCGCCGACGGGCUGCCCCACUCCCUUCUCUCCACCACGAACGCCGACCCCCUCAACGCCGACGACCUCCGCUUCCAAGCCCUAAUCCGCAAAGAAGAUGUGCGGGCCGUGGAGAAGGACCGCGUCGUGAUGGACGAGAUGUUCCGCGUCGGCGACAUUGUGCGGGCCGUGGUGAUUUCGCUGGGCGAUCAGAGCUUUUACUACUGCUCGACGGCGAGGAAUGACCUGGGUGUUGUUAUGGGGAGGAGUGAGGAGGGGAAUGUGCUUGUGCCGGUUAGCUGGAGGGAGAUGGUUGAUGGGAGGAGUGGGAAGAGGGAGGGGAGGAAGGUUGCUAGGCCGUUUUGA